ACACCUGGGAACUCGGAAUUAUCUGCCUUCCGACUGGGAAAUCGAUUUGAACGGUCAUCCAACUCGGAAUUACAAAUCAUUCUAGAACUCCGACUUUCCGACCUGAAGAUCACAGAUUUGACCACUUAUUUUUCCGAGUUCCCAGUUGUUUUGAACCCGGCAUGAGUCUUGAACCUGGUCCAAACGCUCAUAUCCUUCCACGUACGGUGUUUGCGAAAGUAGUAGCCAGCCAGGAUCCAGUCCAAAACAACAUCAGAACUCGAGGCAUCUCACAGGUACAGCGUGCAGAAGAAUUGAGUUCCUUUUAAGUGACCUACCUUCAUUCACAUGCAACUGGCUUUUCUCUGAAUUUAAAGUUUGCACCAGUGGAAAAUCAACAAAAUAAUUCAAAUUAUUCCGCCUGUGGCUGCUGCAGAGAACCAGAUGUCGUAAACCAAGACUGAAGCCUACCACAUUUUGGGGCAUUUGACGCUGAACAUCUACAACUGAGAAACCAUGGGAAUCUGUCCUGCUGUGUCCAUGUUUUUCCGGAAGUGCAAGUAUAUGAUACUGUUGUUGCUCUCUGUCUCCGUCUUGGCUUGGUACGCCACUUUUGCCGGUGAAACAGUGAAAGCAAUUCAGGAAACCCUUUUACCAGAGCAAACGCUUGCUGAUAAUACUGAGGUCCUGAGUGGGGGAGAAGGAAACUUGUGGAGAUCAGUGAUACAGGUCUUCUCCAAUCCUCUCCCUGACACCUCACCACCAAAACAAAGCUGUCCUGAGAAAUCGCCACUGCUCCAGGGAGCCCUAAACCUCACAUUUGAGGACUCUCUAACGCUGAAGGAGGUGGAGAGUGAGAACAGUGGAGUGGCUGAGGGCCAAUACCAGCCUCCAGACUGCCUCGCCAAGCAGAGUGUGGCUAUCCUCAUUCCCCAUCGUAAGCGAGAGAAACACCUCCUUUACCUCCUGCAUCACCUGCACCCCUUCCUUCAGAGGCAGCAGCUGCACUACAGCAUCUACGUCAUCCACCAGGCUGGAGAGGUGACGUUUAACCGUGCCAAGCUACUUAAUGUUGGGUACUUGGAGGCACUCAAGGACUACGAUUGGGAUUGCUUCGUUUUUCAUGAUGUGGAUCUGGUUCCAGAGAACGACUACAACCUAUACAAGUGUGACCAACAGCCCAAACACUUAGUGGUCGGCAGGAACGCCACAGGGUACAAAUUGCGAUACAAAGGGUACUUUGGAGGGGUGACGGCCAUGAUGAAGGACCAGUUUCACAAAGUGAACGGCUUUUCAAACACUUACUGGGGAUGGGGUGGGGAGGAUGAUGACCUUCGCAUCAGGGUGGAGCUCCAGAAAAUGGAAAUUAUACGCCCCCCCCCUCUCAUAGCACGCUAUACCAUGGUAUUUCAUAAAAGAGAUAGCGGCAAUGAAAUCAAUAAAGACAGGAUGCGUUUGCUAGGACGGACACCUAAAGUCUGGAGAAAGGAUGGCCUUAACACCUGCUCCUACAGUACUCUAUCAGUUGAGAGGUCGCCUCUAUACAUUAAUGUCACCGUUGACAUUGGCGAACCAAUGCACUGAGGCUUCAGAGCACCUCUCUUCGUUUACCGCAGUGUGUACAGGAUUAUUGAUCUGGUAUGUCCAUGCCUACAUGUUACUUACCAGAGGGUCGCAAACAGAAGGUUAGUGGCAGUAGCUUUUGACCAUAAUUCAUGUGAUCUACUCAGUUUUCACUGUAAACCAUUCCAAGCAGGGCAUGUAAAAUUGCUAGGUACACAUAAUGUAAGUCUGGAAGCCCUAUACAGUCAAACCUGGUGACCAGGUUCUAGGGGUGAGAGUAAGACCAAACUAUAUAUUUUUGUCUACAAGAUAGCAUUAUUUGAUUUGUCCUAGACUUAAAGGGGCAAUCUGCAAUUGCUACAUUCAUUUUUGGACUUAUAAAUUAAUGACAUUUAUCCAUUGAUUCUUGAAGAAUGUAACUUAUAAAUGCCUAAUGAGCUUAGUUCAACUGUUGUACCCCAUCAGAACCCAACAUAUAAGCUUAUUUUAUGCCAAUGUUUUUAAACAUUGUACAUGUAAAUAAACACUGUAUAGCCUCAAAACAUGCUUAAAACUAUAAUUUUGAUAUCUUGGACGGUCAGUACUUUGCUCUGCCGAUUUAAUUUGAAUGUUUUACAUUUCUCCAGGCCCGUCACUCAGCUUUUUGCCAAAACAGAGUCAGGUGUGGCGCUUUGUUAUUGUUUCAACUAAGGAUUUUCCCGCUAAGGUGUGUUGUUACUUGAUUGUUUCAACAAGUUAUAUGUAUUCGAAUAUAUGUAUUCGAAUAUAGUAUGUUGUCGUGUUUUUGAUUCUAAAGAAUCCUGGGUGUUAGACCUGGAUUUGGUCAUUUCUUAAAAUCUCUUGUUGUCAAAUGAGCUUCAUUUUAUACACUUAUCACAAGUUUGAUAUUUUGGAUCAACAUUUUGGAUAUGCUUAUUCAAGAUUUGUGAAGUAACUCAUACAGAUGUCAAAUGUGUAAUACUGUAUGAUACUUUCUGUUGCCUUAAAGCUGCAAUAUGUAACUUUUUGGGCGACUUGACCACAUUCAAAUAGAAAUGUGUGUUAUAGAUCUGUCAUUCGCAUUGAAAGCAAGUCUUAAGAAGCGGCAGAUCUGCUCUGUGUGCAAUUUGUAUGCUUCCUGUUCUUAAGUUUCGUUUUGUCUUUUACUUUUGGUUUUGUACACCAGCUGAAAUUACAAUAUUUUUGGUUAAGGAAAAUAUAUUUCAGUGGUUUAGAUGUACAAUGAUUCUCUACACUAUACUUUGAUUGCAUAAUUUCAGUUUGUGACAAAACAAAUUAUUAGAAUUUUUGCAAACAGGAAAUAGCGGAGUGAUUUCUUCAUAGUGCAUAUUUAAAUAAUACAUUUUUAAUAGAACCAGA